GCAUCAAAACUUCUACUAGUUGUCUGUUGAUGGGGACUAAUUAGCCUGUAGCUAAUGUUAGCUACCAGACAUCAACAGGAAGUACCAGUUAACGGACUAGCUUGCAAGAUUGCAAUGUCUUGCACCUUGAGUUCUCCAGGCAUGAACUGUACCUUAGAGAAAGUCCUGGCAGAUGCCAAAUCGCUGGUGGAAAGGCUACGUAACCAUGACAACGCUGCUGAGAUGUUAAUCGAACAGACAACAUCGCUCAACAAGCGAGUGGAUGCCAUGAAACAGUACCAGGAGGAGAUCGACUCACUGAACCAGGUUGCACGACAUCGUCCCCGUUCUAGUCUGGUCUUGGGAAUCCAACAGGAAAACCGUCAGAUCAGAGAUCUCCAGCAGGAAAACAAAGAGCUACGGACAUCGUUGGAGGAGCACCAGUCUGCGUUAGAGCUCAUCAUGACCAAAUACAGGGAGCAGGUGUUCCGGCUCCUCAUGGCGAGCAAGAGGGAUGACCCAGCCAUCGUGACCCAGCUGAAGGAGCAGCACACCACGGAAAUGCAAGCACAUAUAGACAAGAUCAAUGAAAUGGCCUCUGUGAUGAGGAAGGCGAUAGAGGUGGACGAGGGGCGGACGUGUGAAGACGAGGAGAGGAUUAAGCAACUAGAGCUAGAGAACAGUGGACUCCGAGAGCUGCUUGGAAUCAGUCGCGAGGCUUUCCUGAUUCUGAAGAGAGAGGACGCAUCAGAGAGCACGUCACUGUCGCCGCUGCUGACCAGCGCCGACGUCAGCUUACGAAAAAGUUAGACAGCCCGUGGUGACCGCCCGACCUCUGUCCCCCCCCCCAUUGCUGCCACUACUGUGUACAGUGUGUACAGUCUGUUGCCACAUACCUCUUCACUUUUAACCCAGAGAUUUUUUUUCCCCAUGAUCAUCUACCUUCUCCUGGACCAUUUAUAGCAUGAUGCUCCAGAGCUGCAUCCCUGCCCGGUGACUCUCUCUCUCUCUCUUUUUUUUUUUUUUUUUGUUGGUACUUGUGUUGAUUUUUGCUAAUUUUGCCAGCAUGCAUGAGUCUGUGGUGCCUGCAAGGUUUUAAUGUGUGAAUGGGUAAAAGAAGGGCUUGAGGUAAAAUAAAUCUGUAAACAUGAAA